AAAAAUCGGUGUAGUUGAAAUAUGAACACCAAAAACGCCCUCCAAAUGCGCUCACCUCCCACCUCCCUUUCUUUCUUUACAUUUUAAAUCCCCCCACAAACCAAUCCACUCCAUUACCAAUUUAAUUACUAAAUGCCUUCUUCUCUUCCUGAACUCACCGGAUUAUAGAUUGCCAUUUCUCUGCAAACACAGAUUUCUCAUUUCCUCCAACAUGCAUUUCUCCAAACUCGACGAUUCGCCUAUGUUCCGCCAACAGACACAAUGCUUGGAAGAAAGUGCAGAUUUAUUGAGGACAAGAUGUUUAAAGUUUUACAAAGGGUGUCGAAAGUAUACAGAAGGGCUUGGAGAGGGAUAUGAUAUGGACAUUGCUUUUGCAAGUUCGCUAGAAAAUUUUGGAGGAGGGCAUUACGAUCCUCUUUUUGUUGCUUUGGGAGGCCCUGUUAUGACAAAAUUCACAAUUGCUUUUAGAGAAAUUGGGACAUACAAGGAAGUUCUUCGGUCACAGGUAGAGCACAUGCUAAAUGAUCGGUUAGUAAACUUUGUCAAUGAUGACCUCCAUGAUGUCAAGGAAGCCCGAAAGCGUUUUGACAAGGCUUCCCUUACAUAUGAUCAGGCACGCGAGAAGUUUCUGUCAUUGAGGAAGAGCACUAGGAUGGAUAUUGCUGCAGGCAUAGAGGAGGAAUCGCGUGUUGCAAGAUCUUCAUUUGAGCAAGCCCGCUUCAAUCUGGUCAGUGUCCUUUCCAAUGUUGAGGCCAAAAAGAGGUUUGAGUUUUUGGAGUCUAUUAGUGGUGUGAUGGAUGCUCACCUUCGAUACUUCAAACAGGGAUUCGAGCUAUUGCAGCAGAUGGAGCCUUUUAUUAAUCAGGUUUUGGCUUAUGCACAACAGUCAAGAGAAAGCUCUAACUAUGAGCAGGAAUCUCUCAGUGAAAGGAUGCGGGACUACAAAAGGCAGAUUGAUCGACAAUCUAGGCAGUCCUUGAAUGUCUAUCAUGGUGCUUCUAAUGGAGAUGGUAUGCAACCUUUCACUAGGACAUCACAUAAAGUGAUUGACAGUGUGAUGCAGUCUGCUGCACAAGGAAAGGUUCAGACGAUUCGACAAGGAUAUCUUUCAAAACGAUCCUCCAACUUGAGGGGUGACUGGAAAAGAAGGUUUUUUGUUCUUGAUAGUCGAGGGAUGCUGUAUUACUAUCGCAAACCAUGGAACUCGUCAUCUUCUGGGAGUCCAACUUCUGCACAUAGGAAUAGUUCAUCUGAAGGUGGUUCUGGGCUUCUAAGUCGGUGGCUUUCUGGUCACUACCAUGGUGGUAUGCAAGAUGAAAAGUCUGUUGCACGUCACACUGUGAACCUGCUGACAUCAACAAUUAAGGUAGAUGCAGAGCAGUCAGAUUUAAGGUUCUGCUUCAGGAUUAUUUCACCAUCAAAGAACUACACUCUGCAGGCAGAGAAUGCACUGGAUCAAAAGGACUGGAUUGAAAAAAUAAAUGGAGUAAUUGCUUCCUUAUUGAGUUCCCAGGUGCCUGAGAAGGGUUUGUCUACUUGGCCUUUGGGAAUGGAUGAUCAUUGCUCCGCCAGUGAGAGUGAUUCAUUAGAAAGUUCUGAUUUAGAUCGGACAGCUACUGUGGGGAAUACAUCUAAGAAAUUCCCCUGUAAUAAUCAUUUACGUGAAUCCAGAAGUUUUCAAAAUCAUAAGAACAUUAUGAGAAAUGGGAAGCCAAUUGAUGUGCUCAGAAGGGUGCGCGGGAAUGACAAAUGUGCCGAUUGUGGUGCGCCUGAACCAGAUUGGGCAUCCUUAAACCUUGGUAUUCUCAUAUGCAUUGAAUGUUCUGGUGUUCAUCGUAAUCUUGGUGUACACAUAUCAAAGGUAAGAUCAUUGACACUUGAUGUAAAAGUCUGGGACCCUUCUGUCUUAAAUUUGUUCAUGUCACUGGGCAAUAUGUAUGUAAACUCAAUUUGGGAGGAAUUAUUGCAUUCAAAAAGUACUUUUCAGGCUGAUGAAAUGCGUAAAGGCAUUUCCAAGUCUGAUAGAAAGGACCUGUUUCUUCUGAGAAAACCCAGACAUGAUGAUCCUAUUUCAGUAAAAGAGAAAUUCAUUCACACAAAGUAUGCAGAGAAGGCUUUUGUUCGCAAGAUUAAGGACAAUCAGCACCUCCUUUCAGUGGCAGAACAGGUGUGGGGAUGUGUCCGUGCUAAUGACAAGAAAGCAGUUUACCAUCAUAUAGUCAGUUCGGAAGCAGAUGUCAAUGCCAUUCAUGGGCAAGCAUUACUUGGUAACUCUUCGGACAAACCCUCCUCAAGUAAUACGAAUUCAAAACGUAAAAGUGAAGAUCAUCAGCUCACGGAGAGACUAGAGGACUGUUAUCUGCUGCACCUGGCCUGCCAAACUGGUGAUAUUGGCAUGGUGGAAUUACUAUUACAGUAUGGUGCAGACAUAAAUGCUUCUGAUUUGAGAGGUCGGACACCCCUGCAUUAUUGUAUCAUAAAUGGCAGAUCUGCAAUUGUAAAAAUGCUUCUUACAAGGGGAGCAGACCCGCGAGCCGUAGACAGAGAGGGUAAUACUCCUCCAAAGCUUGUAUCAGAAUCAAACUUCAGCGAUGAUGUCCUUGCUCUCUUAACAACAGAGAAAUAGAUUGCAAUGAUAAUUAGUAAGAGUAAAAUUCUACAUAAAACUGAGAAAUGAUUCCCUCUAGAGGGAAGGACCAAAGUUGUCGAGUUGUCAAGUUGGCUUCCUAGGUCAUGCGUCUUUUCCCUUUCACUUUACACGUGUAUAUUAAUUAAUCUAGUAGAGAGUGAUUGCUUUUGUAAAUAAGCACAAUUUUUGUAAUAUGUGCUAUAGGAAGGAAGCGGAGCUUCAGUUGAAUCAUGUAAGAUUCUUUUCUUUCUUAUAUUUGGGAAUUUGAUUGUAAUGGAAAUGAUGGGAGUUUUGUAAAAUGAAAUUGGUGUUCGUUCGGA